GCUGUUUAAAUCUAGGGUUCUUGGCUGGAGUGAGAGCUAGGGUUUCUUCGAUGGCGCUGGAAUGGGCGGGAUUGAUGAUUGUCGUGGCCGCGGAGUCGCUACUGCUGCUCUUCUUGACGUUCCCAUGGCCGGCGAAAUUCCGGAGUAGCAUCAUCGGCGUCUCGAGCAGCAUCCUCCGCCCUCUAUUGGCGGUUCUUCCCUUCGCAGGAUUCCUCCUCCUCGACGUCUACAUGAAGUAUGAGAAUAGGAUCCAGUGCCAGGCGGGGAGCUGCACGGCGAUGGAUCGCGAGCACUACGCCAAAUCGGUGAUGAAGAGCCAGCGCAAUGGCAUACUUGGGGUUUUCGCGAUUCUGCUCUAUUGGUUCUCGUACCGCGUCACGCACAUCCUUGUGGAUCUGGAGAAGACCAACAAGCAGAUCAGUGUGAAGAGGGAUUGAUCGAUCUAUCGAUGGAUUCUCUUCGCGGUUCUCUUCCUUGUCUCCCACGCUUACACGUCAAAAAUAAAAAUAUUCGCUCGUCUA